AGUGCGGUAGCGAGGGAGCGGGAGGAGCGGGAGGGGAGGGAGGGCAGCGGCGCGGGGCGGAGUCUGCAAACUUUCGCUUCGAGGGCAUUGUGGGAAGCAGCCAUGGUCUGAUGCGGGCGCCUCACCUGUCAGCCGCGCCGGCUCCAGCGCUCGCGUCUCGCCCUCGCGUCCCCCGCGCUCGUUCCUCGCCGGCCGAGGACGGCGGCGGCCCGGCCACCAUGAUACAUUUCAUAUUGCUCUUCAGUCGACAAGGGAAAUUACGGCUGCAGAAAUGGUAUACUACUCUCCCUGACAAGGAAAGGAAAAAGAUCACGCGCGAAAUUGUUCAGAUUAUUCUCUCCCGUGGUCAGAGAACAAGCAGUUUCGUUGACUGGAAGGAGCUAAAACUUGUUUAUAAAAGGUAUGCUAGUUUAUAUUUUUGCUGUGCAGUAGAAAAUCAGGACAAUGAGCUCUUGACCCUAGAGAUUGUGCAUCGUUAUGUGGAGUUGCUGGACAAAUACUUUGGAAAUGUCUGUGAGCUAGAUAUUAUCUUUAAUUUUGAAAAGGCUUAUUUUAUCCUGGAUGAGUUUAUCAUCGGUGGAGAAAUUCAGGAAACAUCCAAGAAAUCUGCCGUCAAAGCCAUUGAGGAUUCUGACAUGUUACAGGAGACAAUGGAAGAAUACAUGAACAAGCCUACCUUUUAACCAUACAUCUACUUGAAAACUACAAGUGCUAUGUGUUUUGAACCUGUAAAUAAGCAGUGCCUUGAAUUUAGUUAGAUGACAGAGCCUCUGGCACCAUGCCAAAAAUAACUUAAAAGGGAUUUUUUGUUCACUAGCAAAAAUUAAAGUUGUUUGACAUAAUAUAUUUAUCAUUAUUCAUGUCUGUAUUAUACUGUAUAUGACUGCUUGGAUGUUAAAAAACUGCUUCAUAGUUCGAUAGACUGAAUGUUUGCAGUGUUUUAACUCCAUGUCAUAUUUUUGAGCAAAUUUAAAUAAAUUUGUUGCAGCGUGUUUUGUUGCCUUUGAUCCUCUUCUGACAGGAUGAAAACUGUAUUAUAAUCCAUGAUUUUGAUGUAAAGUUUAUCUUGUACUAGUAAUACUUUUUCUAAAUGUUUAGCUUUUUAAAUUGUGUAGUGAUUCACAUGUUAGUAGUUCAGAGUUCAUACAUGAUGUUAGACAUUUUUAAUACACUUAAUGCUGUCAUUUCGAUCCAGAUACAGAGUAUCUGAUUUUGAUGUCCUGAAGUCAUUAACCUUUCAGGGCUGGAAUUAAGGAAAACAACCAAAGAUAGUAUAGGACUUAGUGUUGUUGUUGUUGUUGUUUUAAAUUUUAUUUUAUUUUUAAUUAGAAGAUAAUGACUGGACUUAAAUGUUUUUGAUAUCUUAGAAGCUGCUAUCUAGGUGAGGUUUUAAUUUUACCUUUUAAUUGAAUAUGAGGGGCAUUCCAAUAAGGCUGUGUUUUCUACAAGCUCUGUGUAUUUAUUAAGAUUUUGAGAUGUCUGAAAAUAAAAUGUCUAUAACUCCCCUUAUCAUAAAUAGUGUAAUAAAGAUUAAUAACAGUGGCAAUAACAGUUAUUAAUACUGCUAUUUUAAUUAUCUUUUAUGUUACAAGUACCCUUAGUUGCUUGAGAGGUUUUUGUUUCCAAUAUGUUUUCAUGUAUAUCUAAUAUAUUUGAAGACUUACUGUUUAUUAGGCUUGCUUGGAACAUUGAAUAUUAUUAUAGCCUGAAUAGUACGUGCCUUUCUCCUUUUUCUUUCCUCAUCUCCCAAAGGAAAUAUUUGCUGCUGCCUAUUAUUAUUGUGACUAUGUCACAUUCAUGCUUCCUGAAAUGCAAGUUCUAUAUAACCAGGUAAUAAAGUGAUCAGACCCUCUAGGGAGAACUAGCUUCUACUGUUGUCUUGGUGCCGUUUUGAUGUCUUACCUGUGCAUUUUCAGUGUCCAUUUGAGGUCAAAUAUCAUCAUGUUGCAGUGGUUAGGGACCCUCUAGUGUUCUUCCUAAGAGAAGAGUGUGCUUCCUGUUGCAGAAUCCAAUAUGAGAGAAAAAAUUUAAUUGAUCUUGCCAGACAUACUUAGGGAAAAACGGCUGGAGAGGAGUGGAAGAACAUGAGUAAAAAUUGAGCAACUCCAAAAUAGAGCCAUCAUAAAAAAGAAAUAACUCAGAUUAGUCUACGAAGUAAUUAUGAGGCUUUUAAUAUCUAACAUUUCCUCAACUUAAUCAUGUAUUUACAAGUAGGGCAUCAGAUUGAAGUUUGUCAUUUUUAUCACUUUGUUUACUUUAGAUCUUUAAUUUUUUGCUUUAGCUUUUUUUUUUUUUUUUUUUUUAAAUACGGCAGAGCUCUUUAAGAAUAAUUUUGUUAAGGUAAACUUCAUGUAAUUAUCUAAGUGUUUCUGGGUCUUUUGAAGUUCACUUUUGGAUGAAGGUAUUGAUUGAACCUCACUCAUACAUACUCUACAUAUACUGGAGAAUUCUAUAUUAGACACUGUCUGUAGAUGGGAAUCCUCAAAGUUCAUGUCUGCAGCACACAUAGAACAUGAACAUAAUGACAUGGCACUCUGGGGUAAAUCCGAGGGAUCCUGGGUGCGUCUUACAUGGGCCUUGGUGAAAAUAAUCAUGUUUUCUUUAUAUCAUUUAAUGUAAUAGAACUACUAAGGGUAAGGAAAGAUAAUAAAUAUUAAACUUGUAUAAAACUUCCAAAUAAAAUUUUUUAAGUUUUUUAAUGAGGAAUUUGAGUGUGUUUUUAUGAAUAUAUAUUUUUUUAAAUCAGAUUUUAUGUCUGAAAUUGCUGUUCACAAUUUCUAGUGAAGUCCUUAUAACCUCUUAAUUUUCUAUGUAAUCAACAAGGAGAAACUUCAUAAGCAGGUGACAGCUAAUGAAAGAAGAGAAUUCAUUGUUUGGCACCCAUUGGCUUUUUCCUCACCAUUCACCUACAUUUUGAUAAUUUGAUAUUUUUAUGUAUGGUAAAUCAUUCUUUAAAUCUACUAACUCCUUUUCUUUGAUUAACGAAUGUAAAGUUGACAUUUCUUAUGACCAGUCAAGUGAAUUUUUAAUUCAAACUUUUUCCCAUAUCAAGUCUCCUAAAAUAAUGAAAAGCUUUUCCCUCAAACAUACACACCUGAUGUUUUUCUACAUCUAAUAAUUCAUUUUUAGGACUUGUAUUACAAUAUCCAUGAAACUUCACUCACGCACACUGUUUAGCUUUACUUUUCUGUUUUAAUCAAUGAACUUUACUGAUAAAAGUUUUAAUUUCUUUUCCACAUGGUCCCUGCAAUUUUAAAUUAAGUUCAUUAGAUCCUCUGGAAUGUACGUAAGCAAGCCAAUUAUUUGCAAAGGGAGGGUCAAUACAUUUUUUUCAAUCCUUGUUUUAACUCUUGAAAAAUCCUGCCCUUCAACAAUGUUCUGUGGGUAUGCAACAGUGAUCAUCUAUUUUGUCACAUAAAGCUAAAACUAGAAAAAACUGUAAUAACCAGGGCUGAGUCAGGUUCACUAUUUGAUAAUGGAAUUCAAGCCAACCAUUUAGUAUGGAAGUCAGGUGUACUUUACUGUUGAUCAGCUCUUUGUGAAUAAACUCACAUGUUGACUGAA